AUGUCUAAGAGAGGACGUGGUGGUUCAGCCGGAGGAAAAUUCCGCAUCUCCCUGGGUCUCCCAGUGGGAGCAGUCAUCAACUGUGCUGACAACACAGGUGCCAAGAACCUGUUUGUUAUUGCUGUCCACGGGAUCAAAGGUCGCCUCAAUAGGCUGCCAGCUGCUGGUAUCGGGGACAUGUUCGUUGCCACGGUGAAGAAAGGAAAGCCAGAGUUAAGAAAAAAAGUUAUGCCAGCUGUGGUUAUACGUCAGAGAAAACCCCUAAGAAGAAAGGAUGGAUUGUUUCUCUAUUUUGAAGAUAAUGCGGGUGUCAUUGUGAAUCCUAAAGGCGAGAUGAAAGGUUCAGCAAUUACAGGCCCAGUUGCCAAAGAGUGUGCAGAUUUGUGGCCUCGAAUUGCUUCUAAUGCUAGUUCUAUUGCAUAA